CUUUGUGUUUGUGCUGCAGCUGUCAGGAUUUAUUAUUGCUACUGGUGUGGAGGUGUUGGCAAUGUGUGACACACGCUUCAGAGCAUGCUUCUGCCUCGGACUGCCAGGGAGGGAAACAACCAAGUAGAUAAGGACUUCUCUCUUUGAGUACCAUCUUCGGAAAGCUGUGAGAGAUUCAGUGCAUACAGACUUUGAAUCCAACUGAAUUUCUCCCUGCUCCCCAGGUUUUGUGGCAUAGUAUGGAUUUGAAAUCAUCGCAUAAUAAUCAUCUACAAAAUGAACUUGGAAGAGAACAGGAAAGACAAGAAGCCUUCUAGCGGUUUUGGAUGACCCAUGACUUGGAUGGGGCUGGGAUAUCAGUGGUGUGAAUUUCAAAUUGAAAAUGCAUCUCGCAAGCCUGGUCAUCUCUUACAGCUACAGAACUGGCUGCAGAUCUGUUACCUUACUGAUCUUUCUGCAGAAGAAAAAGAAGAUGAACAGAUAGUUGCAGAAAUCAUGAGAAGGCGUUUUUUUCCUGCUCUUAUAACUCAUAAGGCCUGGGAAGGCUUUCACUUUGCUGGCCAUGAGAUAAGAAUAACAGAAGCCACUGAUUGUUAUGGAGCAGUCGUCUGGCCAUCGGCUCUUGUUCUGUGUUAUUUUUUGGAAACUAAUUCUAAACAAUACAAUUUGGUUGACAAAAAUGUGAUUGAAAUUGGAGCGGGAACUGGGCUGGUCUCCAUUGUAGCCAGUUUACUGGGUGCACUGGUCACUGCCACUGAUUUGCCAGAACUGCUGGGAAACCUUAAGCACAAUGUUCUCCAAAAUACAAAGCUGAAAUGCAAGCAUCAGCCUCGUGUUAAGGAAUUGUCUUGGGGAGUUGACCUGGAAAAGAAUUUUCCUAGGUCUUCCUGUCAGUUUGACUACAUUAUGGCUGCUGAUGUGGUUUACCACCAUCCCUUCCUGGAUGAACUCCUCCUAACUUUUGAUCACUUGUGCAAGAAUGACACCAUUAUUCUGUGGGCUAUGAAAUUUAGGUUGGACAAAGAGAACCAAUUUGUGGGCAGAUUUCAGACAAUAUUUGACUUGGAAGUGAUUUCUAAUUUCCCCAGUUUGAACAUAACCUUGUAUAAGGCAAUGAGGAAAGGUAGAAUGAAAGUCAGACCUUCCAAACCAAUGAUCUGAAAAAGAGAUACAGGGGCAUGACAGUUUCAGCUAUUCUGCGGCUUGUUCUCUUUUUAAUAAUUUCUAUGUUAGUAGCUGUUAACACCUGUAUGAAUGACAUCGUUAGAGACAACUGGAACAAACCAUCAGAUUCCUAGUGCAUCCCUAAUGAAUUCCUAAAUUCAAUUUUCUAUUAGUGUUAUUCACAGAAAAAAUAUAUCUUUGACGUUUUCUUGACUUCUAUGUGCUAAGCUGACAACACUAAUAAUUUUCACAAGUCUUACCAUUAUUGUGCUAAUAUUUCCAAUAGAUUUCAGUUGCAGAUUUGAAUAGUGUCUUAUAAGACCAUCCACUUAUUUGAAACUUCAGACUAUGAUAAAUCUUUGCAUUUUGAAGUUGUGGUGCUAAAUAUGAUGUUUCCCUAUUCCUAUUGUUGUGUAAAUCCUUCUGAAUAGCCUCUAUAGGACCUUAAAUUGGCUGACACCUCCUCCCUUCUUCCCCCCACGCCCCCCAGAAAUCUACUAUCGUAAUAAAGGGACAAAAUAUAUCAGUUAUAUUAGUUAAUGGUUAGAUUUAAUGGUUACAGUUUUUUCCACUUUCCAUUGUUUAUUUGAUCUCACAAAUUCUUCAACAGACAGCUGCACACAUGAGGCAAAGGGAGUUAAAUAUUUUGUUGCUUGAACAAAGGUCUUUAAUAAGAAUAGCACAACAUAUCACUAGCUGCCCUUUGCCAAGACCUUAAAUUCUUGGAGCUCUGCCCCUCCAAAAUUCAACAGUUAUCUGAACCUCAGGGAACAACAAUGGAAAAAUGACAGUGGCCAUCAAUAAAAGCAUUUUGCACAGCUGACUAGUGGUGGCUCUAGGUAGAAAACUAAAUCAACCUGACAUAGUGUGGCUGAGGCAUGGAUAGGUUUUGUUUUUUUGGUUUUGUUUCUGUACGGGCAAAUAAAAUAAUAUUCUCCUAGCCACUCAGUCCUCCGUGUUCCUGUUUUCAGUGGUCAGAUUAAUGUGUUUGAAAGCCUAUUGGAGCACUGUCUUUUGAGAAAAGUAAUAAAAAGAUUCUGUGGACACUCAUUUUUUUUUAUUCUGUUUGUAAUUGUGUGUGAGAGGACUUCAAGUUCCUUGUGGGCUGGAAAAGAGCUGUGAAAAAGUCAGCUCAUGCUUAUGGUAGGCAGGGCUUUAUCACCUCUGCUGUAGCAGGCAAUUGGUCUGGUAAUAUGAGGGCUCUGGGGGCUGUCAUUCUUUAUCUUUUUAGCUCCUCUUUGUAGUUCUUCCAGGAGUUUUUUAUGUAUUGUCAAGUUUGAGCUCUUUUUUUUAAUGAUAACUUGGAGAACAUACUAGUGUCCAUAUAUCUUUUUGUGGCAGAUGCUUGUUACUUUUUUACUUUGUAAAAAUAUGGGGCUGAACUAUGACAAAUGACUGACAUAACUGGAAUGUACUCUUACUCCUAAGUGAACGUUUGGCGUCCUGGGGCAAAGGUUUCCAGCGUUAGAGAUGAAGUGGUGCAGAGUCUGAGUUGCCAAUGUAUUCCAGUGGGAGCUGCGGAUCCUAUGUGUGGAAGUAGGUUGUAAAUUUUGGAGGAUGCGACAGGAAGGAUCUGAAGGUGGUGGGAGAACUGUGGAGAAAAGGUAGUGGUAGGGAGAAGGUGAGAUGGAGAAAGAAGAAGAGGUGGUAACACUGAGACUGACCUACAAAAGGGCUAGGAACCAUAAUAUAACAGUAGAUCUUCUUUCUGGCUGUUGACUGUAAGGCAGACAUCCUUGGUGAGCCACAGAGGAUGACCUUGUGAUAAUACUAAAGGAAUCAGUAUGUCUUAGCCCAGGACACCAAAAUGAGACAAAAGGAAGGUGAUGUUGACGCUGCUUCCUGGCUGUGCUGCUGGGAGGUCACAUGUGAAUUUUUGGCGUGAAGGUUAUCAAUGAAAAUUUUCCAAUCCUCAUCAGUUAGUUUCCUGUAACAAGUUUUGUAGGUAGAGGUGGUAUCUUUUAUUUAAUUGACUAAUAUAGCUAGAAAAUUAGACUUUUCCAGGUGGUAGGGAGUAUUACCUCUACUUACAGAUGUUACUGUGCUUGAUGUCCUUAGAUCAUUACUGUAGAAAAACUGUAGAAAAACAUAACUACAGAAUGGAAAUAUUUUUUCCACACUGUGUAAUGGAAGUAGUUCAGUUUCAGUGAAUAAAGAAACAAACAUGGCUGUCUGCUGUUUCUAGAUUCGCUCUCCCUGCUUCUUUCUCCUAACUCACUCGCAACCAUCAAAUCCACUGCAAUUGAAACUCUAAUCCUCACAUCCGAAAGGGCAUGUCUGUUUACAAAUGUGUCAUGGAUAACUUGAUUGGCACUGUGAUUAAUGAGUAACAGCAAAAAUAUCUUGUGAACUCCAAAGUGAUGAAGGCUAAAGAGGAAAAGCGAGGCUACAUUGAUGCAGCUGUGCGAUCACUUUUAAAUAGCUGUUCUAGCCCUCCUGUUUGGGCUGCAGCCUGUUCUCUGCUGAGCUUCUGCUGAAGCCAACAGGAGACGUGUUUGUAGAAUGGGUUCAUUAUUGGGGCUUUUAGGUUCAACAGCUUGUUAAUAUUUACUGUGAUGAAACAUGAGCCCUCUUUCUCAUAAGUCUGUCUAGCACCACUGUGUGAAGCUUCCUGGGAAAACUCUAGGGACUGGCUGCUCUAUUGUACAGCUCCCUUUUGUCUUCUGGUACGAUGGGCAGGUUAUUAGCCAUGACCAAUGGAGGGUGGACGUUGUAUGUGGCAUUUGCCCAGGGAGCAUAUUUCUGCUCUUUGAGAACAAGUCUCUCAUGUGAAUGAAAGUAUUGCUGACUCCUAAAGUCAGUCAUAAUUUUAAUAAUCACUUAUUCUUUGUUUUGAUGUUUCAAAUAAAGAAUCAAGUUGUCGUUCGGUGCAUUAUGUUGUUAAUACAUGUGGCAUUUGGGUCUAUAGUUUGUGAAAGGUGGAGAGAAGAUAGGUUAGUUAAAUUUGUAGGUGAGAAGGCUCCUUCUAUGAAGAGUGCCAGAGUGGCUGCCUUGGGAUGGCAGGCUUUUACAAUGUUGUAUAGAGUGUUAUGAUAAUCACACUAAUUGAAAAGAUAAAUUGGGAUGUAUGUAAUGGGUUUUGUCAAUUCCUUAGAUUUUCUGUACUCCGACCUAAGAAUGAUUUACUGAGAGACAAAAAAUUUGAGAAACUUGACAGUUUUUGUUAGA